ACUGGCGCCAGUGCUGGCCCUCAUCCUGGUUGAGAGGAGAGACAAAGAGAAGAUGUCUGCUCCCCUCUUGAGAGAAAGAGAACACUGAAAAAGCUGAGUCGCGGGCGCACUACCUUCUAGCCAUGUUGGACGGCCUGAAGACGGAGGACAUUCUGCAGAAGGCGCUGGAGCAGCCGCCGCCGCCGCUGUCGGCGGCCUCCUUCUCCUCCCGGCUAGGGAGAACGGCGGAGACACGCUCGGUGUGCAAAGGCUGCCGGGGCGUCAUCGCGGAGCGCUUCUUGCUGCGCCUCAACAACAGCCUGUGGCAUGAGCGGUGCGUGCGAUGCGCCUCCUGCCACGAGCCCUUGGACAGCACCUGCUUCUACCGCGACGAGAAGCCCUACUGCCGCCUGGACUACGAGAAGCUCUUUGCUGUGAAGUGUAGCAGCUGCUUUGAAGUGAUUACCCCCAGCGAGUUCGUCAUGCGAGCCCAAAAAAGUGUGUACCACAUGGGCUGCUUCUGCUGUUGUGUCUGUGAGAAAGAGCUUCAGAAGGGGGAUGAAUUUGUCCUGAAGGAGGGCCAGCUGCUAUGCAAGAGCGACUAUGAGAAGGAGCAUGAACUUCUCAACGUAGUGAGCCCAGCUGUGUCUGAUUCUGGUAAAAGCGAUGGUGAAGGGAGCCUGUGCAAAAUGGGCAACAGCACCGGGAAAGCAUCUGAGGAGAGCAAGGAGCACAAGCUGCUGAAGCGCCCCCGGACAAUCCUCACAACACAGCAGCGCCGGACAUUCAAGGCAUCAUUUGAAGUGUCUUCUAAACCAUGUAGGAAGGUAAGGGAAACGUUAGCAGCUGAGAUGGGGCUGAGUGUCCGAGUUGUACAAGUCUGGUUCCAGAAUCAAAGAGCUAAGAUGAAGAAACUAGCAAGACGGCAGCAACAGCAACAGCAAGUUCAGCAAACUACACAAAGGCUUACUUCUGCUCAGACAAACAAUGGCAGCAACACUGGCCCUGAAGGAAUCAUGAACUCAUAUAUUACUGUACAACCACCUCCACAACAAGUAUUGGUCAUUGAUCAAAGUGUUUACUGCUCAGACCCCUUCCGUCAAGGGCUCACUCCACCACAGAUGCCAGGGGACCACAUGCAUCCUUAUGGUUCUGAGCCCCUUUUGUGUGAACUGGACAAUGACGACGUCUCCCUCAGCAACUUGGGUGAUUAUUUCUUAGCUGUGGAAUCUGAACCCUUACAAUCAAGAGUGGAGAACCCCAUUGACCACCUGUACUCAAUGCAGAGCUCCUACUUCACAUCUUGA